CUGGCCAGCUAUUUCAAGCAUGGAGCAUAAAAACAUAUUAGAAAGCACAUUUGAGAGUCUGCGCAACAUUACCGAUACUGAAUUGGAUGCCUUGUUGCACUUUGAUAGCCCACCGCCAUCCAGACGGUUCUCGAAUAACUCAGAGCAACAACGGCUGAACGAUAAUAAUGCAUACCCAGAUCGAACGCUUAGUAUCUUACAAUUUAAUCGGGAGGAGCUUCCCUCACAAAUGAAUUCUCAAGUUGGCGACAUAAAUUAUUUUCCCGAUGAUCUGGACCUUACUCUUAAUUUUUCUCAACAAGCUUCAGAGAGACCUCAGUCUGUUAUAUUUAAUUCGCCGGAAGUAGAAAGUAUUGAAGUAACCAACACUGAAAUCCAAAAGCCAGUAAACGAAGGAACGCAAACUGAAUAUAUUUCUGGGAGAAUUCAAAAUACAGCAAUGCAGAUAGAAUCUUUUGAUGAAAUUGUUAAAAAAGAAUUAAUGGAUUUGACAAUAUUUGAAAACUUUUCUGAUGAUGAUUUUCCCACUUGUAAGGAUGUCGAUAUGCAUUCAUCACCAGAACAAGACGCUUUAAAAGCUGCCGAUUCAAGACAAAAGCGAGCGAAUACAAGUUGCAGCAACUCCUUUCAUAGUGAAUCGUUUAAUUCUCAGUGUCAAACUCAGGUGGAUGCUCCAAAACAAGAAGAUCAUCCAACAAAGCCAAUCAUCACAUCGUGUCCAGUACCAAUCCGCAUCGAGCAGAGCCCAGCUUUACCCAGCACUAUUUCCGCUGAUGAUCAAAUGAGGUUGGCGAGUUCGCCAGCAAACAUACAAUUAGAUGCCGUUGAUUACACUUUCAAAACUGUUGACAAAUCGAAUCCUUCAGCUCAGUGUCAUGAAAAUUUGCAACACUCACUAGCUUCCGCGGCUAGUGCGAUUACGAGUUCGCCAGCAUGCAAUUUAACAACGGACACCACCAUGGUGCCAGCGUCUGUGAAGCAAUUGUAUGAUCUUGUGCGCACACAGUACUCCGAUUUUGCCUUUGUGUAUGCGUUAAGUGCACAGCUGUGCCAAGAUCGUGUGCCAAUGGAUUGUUUCGUUAAUUUGAAAAUGGGUCUACUGCUUAGCUUAGCUUCCAUCAGCUCUAAUCCCGAUCGGCCACCCGUACCUAUAAUGGCAUUUGGCAGCGACACCUAUAUGGCUAACUUUUUACUUACUAAUAUAGGGCAGCUGGCGGCGCGCUUUGUUGGACCAUCAGACGACGUCAAACCGCCAUCCAUUACUAACUAUCGCAACUGCAAUUGGAUUGUAGCCGACCCAAUACUGCUAGCGAAAGACGGUGUUUAUUUUGUUGGCGAUUGGUCGCGCUUGAAGCUGACGCGGGCCGAUCAACUUUUCCGCAUCAUCGAAUGUUCACGAGUGCCCCUUGAGCGUUCAACACUAACAUGUCCAUUAGAGUGCGCAAUUUGGACACACUGGCGGUCACAUAAGGGCGAUGCUAGAGAUCAGCAAACUUUUAAUAAAGUGGUAAAAAUUUUCGGCAUUCCUAUUUGUAUGGACGACGACGAUAAGCACGAGGUACUCGUCGAUUACAUUUUGGAGCAGUCGUCAGUCAACGUCUUUGAGUCGACCGUUGAUCACUUGUCAAUUAGCAGUGAUGAUAUGCGUUGUUUUCUAAGGACGAUUUCUAAACGUACCGUUGAUUUGACACCGGAAGCCUCGCUAUUGUUGCAAAAAUACUUUGUAACGGCGCGCUUCGCUCGGCCGGAAUGCCUAACCAAACAAGCGUAUGUGGUAUUGAAACAAUUUGCGGAGUCAUUUGCAAAACUUUGCUUCCGCCAUGAAGUGUUGCCUUGCGAUGUCGUUGCAGCUGUUUUCAUGUGCGAACGCUUCAUACGCAGCAUUUUUGGUGUGACCGAAAAUUCACCGCCUGCAUUUGAAUCACAUAAUUUUGUGGGCACUGUGGACGAGCACAUGGUAAAAUUUCAAGAUUGGCUUAAUGCUUAUAUAAAAAAAUAUGAAGAUAAAUAAUUGCCUGGCAUUAUCAGAAAUCGAGUACUUAAAAGGCCAAAAAAAAAAAAUUCAGUUAAUAAUAUUUUCUCAAAAAAUUACAUUUUAUUUUAGAAUCAUAUUUUAAUAACGUAAAGUUUACAAAUAGAUUAUAUGUAUGCAGGUAUACAUAAGUAUAUAUGUAUAUAUGUAUCAAUAAAUACAUUUAAGUAUAUGUAGUUUAAAAACUUUUGGCUCAACCAAGUGUACGACAAAAUAAUUGCGUUAUUGCAAAAACAUUAAUACACAUGAGUUUCCAACGUACAUAUACGUUUUUGUUCAGUUAUGUAAAAAAAAAUUGUCCAAAUAAAAAAUUGUGAAAAAAGCGAAGAAAAUUUCAUUGCAAAUCAUCGAAAAGGCACACAUGUGUAGAAACAUAUUCAUAUUUAGUUAGUUAAAUCGAUUGCUCAUUAGAUAUAAAUAUUUAUUACGUGGGCCUGAUGAAUGUCUGGUAUAAUUUUCAAUGUCCUUUAGAAAAAUUGAGCAAUAGUUACACUUCCUUAACGCUUAAGAAUAAUAAGUUAAACCUCAUUU